CAGUUUAAGGUACUAUCAUCUGUUCUGCAAGUAUAUGGAAAUACUGGGGGUUUUUUUCUGUUAAAUUCAGAGCAAAAAUACAUUUUUAAAUGGGUAAGUAGAAGAAAGAGUCGGUCGGUAAUCAGUGAUAGAUAACAGCUGACAAACAUAAAACACAUUCAAAUUUGCAAACAUUAUUAGACAUUUAUUCAUUUAAAUUUCAACAACUCUGUGAAUAGAUAGUGCAGAUAUUAACUCCCAUUUUACGAAUGGGGAAACAGAGGCCGAGAGACUUGCUCCCCCUACCUACCGGUCACGCAGCCGGUAAGUAUCAGAAGUGGAAUUUGACCCCAGAUCUCCCAAACUGCACCACCAGCGGUGCAAAGCCAUAAGCCACUAGUGUACUUUAUCCCACCGGGACAGGAAUUGGGCACUGUCUGGGAUAGGACGAACCUCAAAAGGGCUCAGCCCAGCCAGGCCUUUCCAAAGGCAGCCUGGCCAGGGGCGUGGAACCCCAUGGGGCUUGGCUGGGCAUCCCCCGCCCCUUACGCCCGGGCACCGCCAGCCCCACAGCUGGGGAGCCGGCGCCGGCUCCCCGCCCAGGCCGAGUGUUCCCAGCCCUCCCCCACCAGUCACUUCCUCGUUCCCGGGCCCACGGGGAGCAGUAAAGUGCCUGGAUGCUGGGAGGGGGCAGGAGGGGAGAUGUCAGAACCGCCUCCUUCCUCUUUCCUGCCAGGUUCAGUCUGCCAGAUGAUUGCAGCCCGCGCAGGCAGACGUCUCGGGGCCGGCGGGCGACCCGGGGCGCAAUGCUGCUGCUCCUGCACAGCCCAACAGUCUCCUGGGCGGCCCUGGGAGCGUCGUCGCCCCUGCCUCAGCCGAGGACCGUGUACUCGGCCAACCGGACCUUCUUCCCUUUCUUCUCAGAGUUCACAGAGGACCAGCGGGUGGCCCUGAGCAUCGUGGAGACGGUGGCGCUGGCCCUGAUCUUUGUGGUGUCCCUGGUGGGCAACGUGUGCGCCAUCCUGCUGCUGGCACGCCAGCGGCGCCGGGGCACCACCGCCUGCCUGGUGCUCAACCUCUUCUGCGCCGACCUGCUCUUCAUCACAGCCAUCCCGCCAGUGCUGGCCGUGCGCUGGACCAGGGAGUGGGUGCUGGGCGACCUAACCUGCCACUUGGUCUUCUACGUGAUGACCCUGAGCGGCAGCGUCACCAUCCUGUCGCUGGCCGCGGUCAGCCUGGAGCGCAUGGUGUGCAUCGCGCGCAUGCAGCACAGCGCACAGGGUGCAGGGCCCCGCGCCCGCGCCGUGCUGCUGGCGAUCAUCUGGAUCUACGCGGCCCUGUCCGCGCUGCCCCUCGGCGUCUUCUUCACCGUGCGCCUCCAGCCGCUCGAAGGCAGCGACAAGGCUCCUCUGGUGAGCUCAUCUGCUGCCAUGGUGAUUUCAUCUGCCCCUAUGGAAGUUCAGAUUUGCACAUUAGUGUGGCCCAACAUUGGAGGAGAAAUCUGUUGGGAUGUGUUGUUUGCGAUUUUUAACUUUUUGAUACCGGGACUGGUCAUUGUGAUCAGUUACUCCAAAAUCUUACAGAUUACAAAAGCUUCCAGAAGAAGGUUAAACAGCAACCUGGCCUACUCAGAAGACCACCAUGUCCGGGUCUCCCAACAGGAUUACAAACUUUUUCGGACUCUCCUGGUGCUCAUGGUCUCGUUUUUCAUCAUGUGGAGCCCCAUCAUGAUCACCAUCUUAUUGAUCUUAAUCCAGACCUUCCAGGAGGACCUGGUGAUAUGGCCAUCCCUGUUCUUCUGGAUCGUAGUGUUUACAUUUGCCAACUCGGCAGUCAACCCCACCCUGUACGGAGCCUCCCACUUUCAGAAGAAGUGGUGGAGAGUCAUUUUCUCCUGCUCGUCGCUUCCUGAGAAGAACGGAAUGGCUACAGACACUUCCGUGAGAAGAAAUGACUUGUCUGUAGUCACUGGCUGAUGGGUUCACUGGCUGUAAUUUUCCUGAUGGAAGUGGUUAUGGACUCUUUUCCCUCUACAUGCAUAUUGCUUGACUGUAGUUUACAUGAGAGUGGGUUCAGUUUCACUAUUGAGUAUGCAUAAAACAAGAUAUUUCUCAUGGUGGUGAAUUUCUAGGACCUUCAUUACAGGUGUGCCCCACUUUAAGAAAGUUUACUAUAUGAAAGCUUAUUUUUUACAGAGAUGUUAAAUGAGGGUAGGUGCUUACUCUCCAUAACAAAAUAUUCUUUGCUUUAUAAAAGGAUCCAUCACAUUUUCAUCUUAAUUUGUGAUUUGCCUGGAGCACUAAAAAUAACACUGUUUGUCAAAAUAUGGUUGAUGUUGACAAUCUAAUUUAUGCAUAAUUUCUCCAAUUUUUAUUAACUCUAUUUAAACUCAACAAGAUGUACCUUCCUGGCCGUACCAAGCUUGUAAUGUGCAUUGGUGUUCUUGAAUUCAAAACCAGCUCAAACAGCUCUUUCCCUGGGUGUCAUAAUACCCCAUGACAACCAUUCUGCCUUCUUCCCCCAGUCCAGUGAUUACCUCAAGGUAUCUCCAGUUUUCUCAGGACUUUCCAUGAACUUCCUGAAGCAUAAUUAACUUUAAUGCAAUUUUUCACUCAGGGAAAGGGAUGGUAGAGGGUAUGGAAUGGUAGCAUGUGAUAUGAUUAGAUUCAGUUUACUGGAGGCUGCCUCCAGAAAGCCAAGUUCUAGACAUGAGAGGCAUCUGGAUCUUAGACGUCCGUAGCUAUUUUCAAUUCACUGCCAGUUGAGAAGCCAGACCAAGCCACCAUGAUGUCAUUGUGGUCCCACCCCUUCCCUUUCCUGCAGGACUUUUCCUAAUUGAUUUUCCGUGUAACAGACUAAUAAUGAAAUAAGGUCUACAGUCAUGGUGGGUAUGAAACUAUGACAAAAAGGUUGGAAUCUUUUUAUAUAAAUGUUGUUGAAAAUAAAUUAAAACUGUUUUGUGAAAGGCCUUAUGCAUUUACUUUUGUGAUCUGGAGGUGUCUAGGUGAAGAAGACUAGCUAGUAUCUUUUAGAACAGUAUGGUAUAGAAAUUGAAAAGGAAGACAUUUCUUCCUUUC